AUGGCCCUCGCCGGCAGCAUCCAAUCGCGCCACCUCCCCAUCACCCAGCUUCCGCUCGCCUCCAUCCUGCGCCCCAUCCCGCCCGUCAUCGACUCGCCCAAGGUCGACUCGAUGGUGCAGACGCUGCGAGGCGAGACCUGCGACUACGUGCCCCAGCCCGCCCCGGAGCGCAUCGAGCCCGGCCGCCUGCCGCCCGUCGACGUGCUGCACUACCACAGCAAGGCCCAGGACAAGGACUACUAUUUCGCCUUUGGCGGCUGUCAUCGCAUGCAGGCAUACGAGAAGGCCGGCGUCGACGUUGUGGACGUGAGGAGGUUGAAGGUGACCAAGGACAUGCUGAAGGUGUAUCUGGGGGGGAGUGUGGAUAGGAUUGUCGGCGAGGAGUGA